CUGUCAAAUACAAUCUCCCGAGUUCUCAGUUCUAUGAAGAUGAUCGCUCCGUCCUUGGUGUUUGAACAAAGAGUGCUGGUACAAGCAACAUCUCCCCGAAACUAACCCGACGAUGGACGCAGCAAACCCCUGCCUGCGGCGCCCCUCCAUGCUCGGGCCGGCCCCGGAGUUGAUGAACUCCACCUGCAACCAAUGCAAUGACGGCUGUCCGGCAGGGUUGAUGGCUUCAUCCUCGGGUCCCUUGCCCGACGAACGGCCGAGACCACGGUGGACAGCAAGACGAAUCCAGUGUGUACCAUCCCUGCCGCCUCGCUCGCUAACGGCGACGCCAUGCAUUCGCGCGACAUGUCCCGUCAUGCACGGGAAACGACAGAUGUGUCUGGUCAUCCUGGGGUCCCUGCUGGUCAGGCACCUGGGAAUAACCCCCCAAGAGGAUGGACUGAUCAUCGUGCCAGCUGGUCGCCAGCGGGUCAGCUGAGGCAACGCGACCACUGGCGCGCCUGGGAGUCCAGUGCUAGGACCCUGACCCCCAUCCUGGCAUCCCAGCAAGGUGAGCCUGGCCGGCGAGGCAAAUGUAAGGUAGCAGUCGCAGCCGCACCGGGGCCUGCAAGGUGAGGGAGAUCUGGUGGUAGGCCUUGUUAGUGAAAUCUGGCGGCGAUUCCAACACACACCAACCGCUACAUAAACGCAUUACGUCUAGACUGCCCAUUCGUUGCGGGGACCCUCCCCCCCAAACACUCAGUGGCGCCUCAGUCACUCAACGGCCAGAGUCAACGAGGGAAGGGCUCAGGUUGACCGCCUCUGGCACUGGACGAAAAGGUCGCGACUGACUGCAUGCUGUCAUGGCACCCUCCCAGCGGCCGAGUGGACCGAUAAGCCUCGACGCCCACCACCCACAAGCAGCUGCAAAGCAAGAUACAGAGAUUCCGGCCAGCCUGGUUCGCACUUGCAUAGUCGUGCGGCCUUGCCUGACUGGCCUGACCUGACUUGGCCCACCACACUCACCUUGCUUGGCUACCCUCGCUCGAUGCCUUGCCGCUGGGAGGAGGCCCGGAGCGGACGGACGGCCUGCCCGCAUAGCACUGAGACAAAGGCGUGGACCGCUCCGUACCCAGUAGAACGGAGCUCAACAAGCACGACUGUUGAUAACUCGCCGGCCGCCCACAAUACGUCUCUCCUGUUCCCCCCUUUCGUUCUUGGCUUCAGUCAUAUCCAGAGACACACAGCUGCCCAAGCCAUCUCCACUGCAACCCUGUACAGGCCACGGCCAAGAGAGCUUCGUCAUCAUCAUCAACGACACACGGACGUCUCGACCCCAGGACGUAACCAUCCGCAGAGCUACCCAAUCCCACCCCAGCUUCUGUUUCAGCGAAUGGCCUGUGCCUUUCCCAGCCGCGUUUGAGCGGCGGAAUGCAAUUUGAACCGUGUCUCACAGAGCCAUCAAACGCGCAGUCUCUGGACGAUUACGGUCGGCGUGCAUUUGUAGCGACGCCUCACGCCAUAUUGUGAACAGCAGACAAAAUUCCCGACGUACAAUCGAUCAGUCUCAUUAGCGCAUGAUUCACGGCUUUUGGUCUUUCAUUUCAAAGUCUACUUUUCUCUGCGUGGUCCCUGGCAGCCUGACAUGAGCCAAGCUACCGUCGACAGUCAAACGCGUGAAGAGCCCGAGAUAGCAUCAUCAUCCUUGAACCUCUUCGACAUCUUCCACAACUCUCUCAUCCUCCGCAAUACUGUUCCCCAUCUUCCCGCCUCCAGCAUUUUGAACCUCGCAGCAACCGACCGAUCCUUCCGGGCUUUGAUCAACCAGACUCCGGGCGUCUUCAGACACCUCGAUCUCACACGAGUCAAGACCGCCCAAUUCGACAUUGACGAGAUCGACCACGGCGGCCAGGUUUGGCGCAAUGUGCAGCUUGAUGAGUAUCUGACCGAAGAUGAUUUUUACUCUGGCCCGCUGAGAGGAGUCUUCUCGACCCUCAAGCGACGCGAUAUCUUGCAGGAUGUGCAGACCCUGAUCCUCGACGGCCUCUCCGUCACGUCGGAAUUGUGCUACGAUAUCAUUAAUGACCCAGCUUUCAGCGUGCGCAUCCUGUCCAUUCGUGAUGUCAAGCACCUGAAUCACGGAAAGCUGCGUGGCGCGCUGCAGUACGCAUGCCGUACCACCCGCCCUGAUAACACGCCGCGCCUCAAGGCUCUGUACGUGUUCGGCUCCAAGGACUCGGCCCUGACCGAUGAUUCGCCCUCUGGUUCAACCGCCCCCGAACAGCGAUCGCACGACGGUCAUUCUCAUGGUUCGGCCAUUAGUGCAGGGUGGAACCAUAAGAGCCAGCUGGCAUUGACAAGCGCGCUUCGUCACGGGGGUGAUGCCUGGUGGUCAAAAAAGGGGCGUCUCAUCUCACGCCCAAUUUCGAACGAAUGGGUCAAUUGCUUGGUCGCUUGUGAGGGACUCAUCGCGUUCGAUGCCGUCUUGUGCCACGGCCCUCGCCAUCACAACUCACCAGUCUUCGGCAAGACGACGGCUCCCCUUCGCAUCGAUCCCAACGAGCCAGAGAUCGCCACCUUCGCAGUGUCCGGGUGCGAGAGCUGCGGUCAGGCGCCCGAGGGUCUGCGCCGGCCGCAGACGAGCCAGCCGAUGAGUCUCCCAUUGCUCGCGCCGCCGCCGCUGCUCUCAUCUUCUAUUCGCGCCGCGACCUCUCCUCACCCGCACCGGGGCUCAGACGACGCACACCACGAGGAGCUCAGCUUCGUUGCCCGGUGCAUGGACUGCCUCCGCGAGCGUUACUGCGCCGGCUGCCACAAAUGGUGGUGCGAAGAUUGCUAUCAACUUCCUGGGCAGUAUGCGACGUCGGGGCCGGAGGUCAGCAACAUUGUCGUCGUGGAGCCCGAAGACGGUGAGGAUGAUGACGCUGCCGUGAGUGUGUCCGAGAGCCUGCAGACGAUUGCCAUCACCGCGAGCCCCAAGAUCAAGACUCGCAUCGCAAAGAGCUGCUGGGAAUGCGGCAACAACUGCGAUUCUUGCAUCGAUCAGACCCAGCGCGUGUGCAGAAAGUGCUGCGCCGGGUACUGCAUCAUCCACAACGAAGGGUCCUCGGCAACGCACUGCGACUGGUGCAUGUCACGCGGGCGCGGUCUCGGCCGCCUGUAGUCCUACACUACUAUUUGAUGCCGGCAACCUUGGCCACACGGCAUGAAUGUAACCCUCACAGGACGGAAUGGGGGGUGACACCCGGCUAUGGACGCCUUUAUAACCCGUCAGGAGACCGAAAUUACAGCCGUCGAUGAUUGGGAUGACCGAAAGAUGACAUCCGGAUUCGGCGACGAGCAUUGUUCCCUCAACGGGUCAGCCCUAGACGAGGCCCCCCGAAAGAAAGGCGCGGAAAGAAAAGCAAGCGUGCGAUGUUUUAUUAUCGUAUGAAAGUUCAGAAAGCCACAGAAAAAAUUGCUUAGGCGAUAAGAUGGGAGCCGGGCAGAGCAUGGCAUUACCAGAGCGAGAUCGAUCUUUCACCACUACUACGUGCUACUGUGCAGGCACACUUCACAUGGUUGGGUAUCAUUUGUUUGACGAUGGAGGUCGGAAGACAACACACCACUUAGCUAACAAACAAACACACCACUCUUUUUAUUCC